AUGAAUACCUUACUCGCAGCUACGAGGUCGAAAUUUAUGGCUGAUUUGAGAGCUAAGUCGAUCAGCAAUUGGAUCAUCGUACUCGGAAACCAAUCUAAUGACUUGGACAGUCUAGCCUCAUCAAUUGCAUUCAGCUACCUAUCCACGCUCUCUAACGCGCCUAUUUCGCUCAAACAGGCUAUUCCCGUCGUUCAGUCGUCGAGAGAAGACUUGAAUCUUCGUCCUGAGAACAGACUAGCGCUAUCAAAUGCAAAAAUCGAUACAAACUCUUUGAUCUUUUUCUCAGACAUCAAAGAUGAUUUUGACCCGGCGACAAAUUACGCCCUGGUGGAUCAUUCUACACUUGAUAAUCAAUGGAAAUCUCCUGAAUCAGAUGUAGUCGCAGUUAUUGAUCAUCACGAUGGCGCACCUGAUCGUUACCCGAGUGCGCUUUUAUGGGAUGUCAGAACACCAGUUGGAAGCUGUGCAAGUCUUGUUACGGACAAUUUCAAACAUGCCUGGGCUCAAUCGAUCAUUGAUUCAGAUACAGAAAGAAGCAUCGCUGAUUUGCUCAUUCAGGCUAUUAUAGUGGAUACCAACAAUCUUAAACAAGGUGGUAAAGCGCAGAGCGUUGAUUUUGAGGCUUACGACUUCCUUCUGCCUCGCUCCUCUUUCGCUGGUAUUCAUCAAGCGUCACAGCCAUCCACCGUAGCUACAUCCGAUCUAUUUGGCUCGCUCUCCGAGUGUAAAAAUGAUGUGUCAUCAUUAAACACUACACAGCUACUUCAAAGAGACUACAAACGCGUCUAUGCAUCUAAUGGAAUAAGUUUAGGGCUAGCAUCUGUACCCAUGAGCCUUGAAGAUUGGAUUUGCGGAAACGCAAGUGGCAUAGACUCGUUUGAGAGAGAUAUACAAAGAUUCACUCAAGAUGACGGAAAAGGCGAGGGUGCUCUUGAUUUGCUUGGAAUUGGGACGAGCUAUCACGAUCCUAACAGUAAAAGCGGCCACAAACACAGAAGGGAAUUGCUACUGCAUGUACCCUCCUCUAGCAAGCUGAACGCUCACUUGGAUAAACUGAGAAAGGGGAUAGAAGCUGAUGAACUGCUUAAGCUGAAGAUCAGCGGUAACUUUGCCUUCUCUUUGAAUGGCACAGUCGUUUACAAUCAAAAUAAACAUGCCAGUCGUAAACAAGAGACUCUCAAGCCUUUACCACUUUUAUCUGAAUUCCCCGCACAAAUUAUAAGCUUCUCGCGCACCUCAACAGCUCCUUCAUCUUGGACUACCAACUCAAUGUCAUUAAAAGAAUUCGACGACUUGCUGAGAGAAACAGUGAUUCACAGAUCGACACUGUCCAACACCAGAGUGGAGAGGAUAUCGUACAUCUGCGGCAAAAACCUUAACAUGGGAUCUCAACAUAUGGCUUCGUCCAUCUUGGAAACUCACAGAGACAAAAAAGCCAAGAGGGUCUCUAGUCUUUACACGCUACAUGCGCUGGUGCAACAAGCACACAAAGCGAUCAAGAAAAGCAACAGGGAUUCAAAUAAUUGGAAGAACUUUCUCUCCGCGAUUGAAUCCAUCUUGGUCGAUUUCUUCGACGAAUCUCUUAAAUACCUUGACAAAGAACUGAAGGAGAAAAAUCUUAAGAUACUCAAAAUGUGGUCACAGAUGGCCGUAUUCAAUAAGCCCAUGCUUGAAAUACUUAUGGAUAAGAUGAGCAACAGCGGCGAAACUAAUGAAAGCCAGAAGCAAAGCGACCGCGAUACUCUCGACGCAAGACAUGAGUCAAGUAGUAAUAAAAAUGUUUCAGAAAAAGGUGCUUUCAUAAAUUCUUAUUAUAUACAAAUUAACUGUAUUGACGUUGUGAACCACUCAGAUACAGCAAAAUCUUCAAGCAAAAAGGAUGAUGGAGAUAGCAAUGGAGGUUUACCUGCAAAUAUCCUUCAAUUCCUUUCCAAGAUUCCUUCAUCAGAUGACAAGAACUCUCAAACACCAUCAUCCGAUAGCGGUAGCUUGAAGAGGGACAGAAGUAACAAUGACAGAUACGAUAGCAGAUACGAUGACAGAUACAACGACAGGUACAAUGAUAGAUAUGAUUAUGGGAACAGAGAUAGAUCAGCGCGUCUACCACAGAGCAUACAAAACCAAAGCUAUGAUAGUGGUAAGCGUCCAAGGAUAGAUCCAAGAACAAAGAGACCAAUUGAAAGCUCUAGAGAGAGCUUUAGCACUAACUCACCUUCGAAUACCCACUCAUACUCACACUACUCACAACCAAAUCACAUGUCUUACAACAGCUAUCAGCAGGAUCAAAAGUCACCAACACCAGACAGUAGCAAUAAUUAUAGUCAUAGUCAUAGUAAUAAUAAAUCUGUUGAUGCAUUAUCUAAUUUUGAUUGGGUAGCAUUCGACCCAACUCAACCGCAAUCUUGGAUAUUGGCUGGAAAAGCAUUCGAGAAGACAUUCGGUUUCGUUCCCUCAAAUGAACAAAUAGGUAGCUGUGCAUUCAUGUGGGUUUACUAUACCAAUAUGCAGACUAUGCAGAUGGCGCAACAGCAACAGCCAAUGGAUCAAACUGCAGUUAAUGACAUCAGAGGCAGAUCGACAAGCAGAUCAAGAUCAAGAUCAGUCUCAAGAUCCAGAUCCAGAUCAAGAUCAAAUACUCCAUUGCACGACUAA